AUGGCAUUGCGCGCCUAUCUCACGUACUUGCUCGGCUUCGCCAUGAUCUUAUCAGCUUUGACGGCAACAAUCUGCUUCCCCCUUAUCCCCAUUCUCAGCACCCAGCUGCGCGUUUCUAUCCAGGCUAUCAACCUCACGGUGACCGUCUACGCUAUCGCACAGGCCCUUUCGCCGGCAUUCUUUUCCUCUCUGGCAGACAGUUUCGGCCGCCGCCCCGGGUUAUUGUGUUUUGUGACGCUCUACGCAAUCCCCAGCCUCGGCCUUGCUCUCAAUCGCACGAGUUAUCCGGCCCUGUUAGCACUGCGUGCCCUCCAGAGCAUUAGCGGCUCCUCCAUAACUUCAGUUUCCUACGGUAUCGUCGCCGAUGUUGCUCCUGUUGCCGAACGCGGGAGUAUGCUUGGCCCUAUGCUGUCGACAUGCAACGGCAUCUCCACCGUCGGGCCAGUCAUCGGUGGUGCCGUUGCUCUGAGUACCGGAGGUGUGAGACGGGUUUUUCUUGCUCUGUUUAUUGUCGCAGCUGUGUGCGUGGUUCUGGUCGGAUUUACAUUGCCCGAGACUGCGCGAACUGUUGUUGGGAACGGCAGCGUGCCAGCCGUGGGAAUUUGGCGGACGUGGUGGUCAAUACUCCGGAAGAAGAGGCCUCAAAGAGAAGACGGGCAUGUUGCAAUUCCGGUCAUCUUCGCCAAAAUUUACGAGUAUAACGAUUUCGAAAUCGGUCUCGUCUUAUCACCCGGAUCGGCAGGACUGACAAUUGGGGGGAUAAUCGCCAGAAAGCUUGUGGACAGAAAUUACGCCAUUACUGCGAGAAAUCAUAAUGUCGAUCCUGAGGAGAAGAAGGCGAAACUCCAAAUCGACUUCCCCAUAGAGGCCGCUAGAUAUAGGAAUUGCUUUGUCUUUAUCCUGAUCGAGGUGCUUCUAGUCAUUGGCUACAGCUGGGCGAUCUACUUCUGUGUACAUCCCGCCGCGCCCAUUGUUCUUCAAUUUUUCAUCUGUGGUACAUCAACCUUGUUAAGUCACACUGCCAGUGCACUGCUUGUGGACAUAUUCCCCGAGAUGUCCAGCACGGCCUAUGCCUCAGGACAGAUCAUGAGGUGCGGACUGAGUGUAACUUCACCUGCUGUUAUGCAGCCGCUCAUCAAUGCUGUGGGAUACGGCUGGUACUUUACGAUGUUUUCCCUUUUUAUUGGAACAACAGGUGCCGGUUCAGUUUUAAUCCGCCGUCUGAAAGGAAUGAAGUGGCGGCAGAACAGAGUCUUACAACGAGACGCCUAG